CGCGGGCAUGGCUGCCUGGCCCGGGCUCCCUGCAUUUGAGCCGCUUCCAGAAGCUGACAAACCAGACUGGUUACAGCCAGGCUCGGCCCCAGCCCUGCCUGGCCCACGGCAAGAGGCAGCUGCCUGCACGGGUGCCUGCCACGCCUGCACCCUUCUGGCACAGCAGGCAGCGCCCGGCAGCGCCCAGCUCAGUGCCCUCUCCUCGGGACCGUGGUGGGUCAGUACUGCGUUGGUGCUGGGGAGGAGGAAGAGGAGGAGGAGGAAAAGGCUGUUGGGUGCUCACGGUGCUGCCCCUCUUGGGGUGGCCUCGGGGAGGCUGAUGGGGCUGCGCCCAGCUCUAGAGGCUCCUGACCCACCGGUCUGGGAGGGCGCCCCAAAGCGCACCGGGGGGAUGUUGGGACUCUGUGUGGACACUGCUGCCUUCAAACCCUUCGGGCAGCCCUGCUGAAGGAGUCCCGCACCCAGCCCCGAGGGGACCCGGCGGGCGGGGGCGAGCAGGGUGGCUGCUCUGGCCACCCUGAUGGAGUCGGCGGCGGGUGAAGGGGCAGAACCUGGGCCGGUGCAGGCAGCCGGUGAGGGAGGCUGUGCCAGGCAGCAGGACGAGAGCGAGACCGUGGGGUCGGGGGACCCCGGGGAGCCGCCCCAACACUGUGGAGAGGAGUCUGCUGCUGCCUGGAGAUGCUGGGAGCUGCCACCGACGGAGGAUGCCAGGGAGCCGCUCCUGCCCGGGCAUGAGCAGCCUGCCCACGGUGCCUCCCUGCCUGCGGGGCAGGAUCCUCCCGCUGCCGACACCAUCCCCGUCCUGCCCCGCUGGGAGAGCCCGUGGCCCAGCUCCGAAAGCGUCUCUAGCUCCAUCCUGAGCCUCUUCGGCGAGGCAGAGAAGGCAUCGAGCGCUGGCACGGCGGUGGCAGCGGAGCCGUGCCCUGUGCUGGCGGGCAGCGAGAACGAGUGCCCCAUCUGCACGGAGCCCUACGACGAGCAGCGGCACAAGGCGGCCGUGCUGAACUGCAGCCACGGGCUGUGCCGCGCCUGCCUGCGGGCCAUCAUGGACACGGCCACCGGCGCCGAGCUCGGCCGCGUGCGCUGCCCCAUCUGCCGCCAGAAGACACCCAUGCUGGAGUGGGAGAUCUGCAAGCUGCAAGAGGAGCUGCUCCUGCUGCACGCCCAGCCCGGCUCUCCCGGAGCCCUGGCCACCCCUCGGCCCCCUGCCCUGCCGCCCCGGCGUCCGGGCCUGGCCGGCGCCCUCGAGCAUCGCUUCCAGGUGCGCUUCCACACCAGCCGCAUGUUCGGGUGCCUGCCCUGCGUGCGGUACCCGCCCUGCCUGAUCCGCGCCCUGACCCGGCUGGAGCGGCGCUGCCGCUGCUGCUACCUCCUGCUGCUGGCGCUGCUGCUGGCGGCAGAGAUGCUCAGCCUGCUCCUCAUCUUCCUCCCCAUCCUCCUCAUGGUGAUGCUCUUCCUCAUCCUCGACAAAUAGCGCUGGCUUUGUGCUCUCCGGCUGAGCAUGCGUGGGGAAGGAGCCCGGCUCCGGCUCUGCCCGCGGCCGUGGUGCCAGCGGGGAGCAGGCCUGUGACCCUGGUGCCUGGCACACCUGGCAAUGCCCGUGAGCCCGGAGCGGAUGAGGCAGUGUAGGAGCAGGAGCAGGCAGCAGAGGGAGACGACCCUGGAGCUGGGCAUUACCUGCACCGCGGCACCGGUGACACAUUGCUGCCGCAGCCCGGGGGCGGAUGGAGUGGGAGCCCUUCCUACGCUGGGGCACAUCCCUGCCGGGGGGCUGGGCACCAGAGAGGCUCUGGGGGCAGAGCAGGGCUGUGCCACGGGCUGUGCCAUGGGCUGUGCCACGGGCUGUGGCACCUGCACCCAGGACAAAUGGGCUGGGAUCCCCCAGCACGGACUGAAAAUACAACCUGUGUUUGUACCACA